AUGCAGGACGCACCCAUCCUCGUUAAAAGACUAGCAGCCACGCCUCACACCCCUCCGAAGCUCAUGGCGCUGCCCCUCGCCCAGCUACGGCUAUCCAACGCGGGUGCCCCUCGCAAACGAGUCAAGGCACCGGCGGAUGCUCUCGAGGAGCACCAGCGGCUGAAGUCGCCGCCAUCUCGCCCCAAGCUGCCGCCGAUUGUCGCCCCUGAACGCCACGCUCAGGACGACUUUGAGCUUGACAUGACAAUUCCUACUUCUGUCAGUAGCGAUUUUGAGAACCUGGUGGACCACACCCUUGCCAGUUCGUCCUCUCUGCCGGCAGAAGACGAAGAAGUGGGUGACUUUUCUGUCACUGACUUCAAAAAGGCCAACGAGCUCGCCACCCUUUUCCUCGACACCCGCAAGAUUCUCCGCGCCGAUUGCAAUAUUGUCGACCCACUUUCGGCCGAGUCCCAUACUCAUCUGGGUCUGGGGCCGACCAAGCUGACGAUAUCGGUACUGAGACAGACUCAUUUGCGGGCAGAAAAGGUGAAACUGAUGAUCGCCGUCAAGUACAUGUACAUCCAGAGACAAUACGAUUUGAAGGAAACCAAGGCGCAUAUACGGUAUCCAGGUGUUGAAGGAGUUUACAAUCCAUUGCAGAUCAUCCGCAACCGCAAGAUCAGAGCCAAGUACCACGAGUACCCGGGCCAAUUAUCGAUCAAGACGCUUUCGUUGGCGUGUAAUGUGUUCUCCAAGCAUAACAACCACAGCCACUCAAAGCGUCCGUGGAAAAUGAUCUGGCUGGUAGAACUUAAUGAGUUCCUAAGUGACCCCGGUUGGCGUCAUCAUCAUUGGCAUGAACUCGUUAAUGGUAAGGGCGAAUUGUGGUUCCCCGAACCGGUCGAGAAUACACAAAAACGGCAAGCAUUAUACGACAAGUUGUUUGAAGAGACCAGCAGCGAGGACGAUCGCAACCACCACCAGCUGUGGCGUAAACUGCGUCAUCGGGGCUCUAAUGGUACCGACAAUGAACGCGGCCAGCGUCGUCGUCGUCGUCUGAAGUCACCAAUGAAGCUUCGGGACCGCAUGUCACGUAACUUGCAACGGCGUCAUAGCUCCCAACUAUUAGGUUCGCUGGACGAAUUCGAUCUGAGUCCGAGCUCGGCGCCGCCGGCGGAAGAGGACGAUGACGGUGGUCUUAUCAUUAGCGUUCCUCAUCAAGGGCAGGUGCCGAUGAUCACGGUCGAAGACGCCACGGGCGUCAAUGACGUCCACUUUAAUCAUGUCACUAAAGAGGUCGACUCUAAGCCGGUUGAGGGGGACCUGACGGUCAACUCAAAGGCGCCCUCGAUACUUGGUGAGCUUGAGCGCAGUAAAGGGCAAACAAUUGACACGAUUGAGAAGGAGCUCACGGUGAUUCGCAAGGACUUUGCGUAUCUUGGUGCGGUGACAAAGCUUCGGCUUAAUUAUUUGUUAAAUGUGUACCCCGAGUACACUCACCGGGUGGACGAUAAGCUUAACCAGUUGAUGAAACAAGACAUAAGUCAGCUUUUGGCCACGGUGGUGACGAUUAACGACAAUCAGUUACAAAUUUUCGAGCGGUUGUUUACCGCUUAUUCCAAAGAGGUGCUGCUGGUGUUGCAUUUGGCUCAUGAUAAACAUAGUAUUGAGAUUGAUCACUUACUCAGUGCUCUGGACCGGCUGAUCUCGGAGAUUAAUACGCUGAUGUCGUUGGAGUCGCGUAAGCUUAGCGAACGGCUCGACCGUCUCUCAGCCAAGGUGGCUGACUCGUGUGGGGUGACUGAACGUUGGGGUGCUACCAAGGCCCACUUGCCCACGAUCAGUGAAGGGGGUUACCGGUGGGUGUAUUUCAUUUUAGAGACAUUAAUUGUCAUGUUGUUGUGGUUGGUGUGGGUGGUGGUGAAUGUGUAUAGAGCGGUGGCAUAUGUCAUUGGUUUGGUUAUACGGGUUAUUAGGUUUGUUUUGUUAGGUUAA